AUGGAGAAUCGAUGGCGUGGUGAUGAUUCUUGGAACAAGAAACAAAAAAGUCAAGAAAGAAACAGGAGCCAUUGUAUUGGUCCUCACAUGAAUCGUCUUACUAUAAGUCUUAACGUCCAAUCUUUCUAUGUUACAAAUUUUCCUGAAUGGGUACAUUUCAUUAAUCUUUGGAAGGUUUGUUCCCGUCUGGGAGUUCGUAAUGUAGAUGAGAUGGUUAAUAAUCUUCGUGACAUUUGGUUUGGCUCCUAUAAGUUAUUUGUUUCCUUAGCAAUAAUUCAUAAGAAUGAUGCCUCCCAUUUUCCUCAUGGGAUUCCCUCUAAAGUCGUGAAGCAGGUUUCUCAAGGGAAUUCUUAUCCUAGUGUGCUUAAAGGUCCUUCUUUGAAUCAUUAUAAUAAAGCUCCGGGGGAUGAGAUCAUUGAGUUACAUGCAGGAGAUUUUUUUUUGAAAAAAAGAAACUUGCUUGUCUUUCCAAGGCUAUACACUUUCCUACCUUGCCUAAUCUUCGAAUGUUACGUCAAGAUGAAGGGAACUAUUGUACAACUUGGUGAUGUUCAUGGUGACGAUGUUUAUAAAAACCAUGUUUGCAUUUUGAUGUCGUAUCAUGGAAUUAUUUAUGAGGAAUUAAAAGUUAGUGUUGAUGGGGUGUUAUUCCCCAUUUGUGUAAAAGAAGCCCCUAGAUGGACCCCUUCCUUUUCUCAUAUUGUUUCUUCUUCUCAGGGUGAUGAAGGUGAAGAUAAUAGGCAUAAGCUUGAUGAUGAAAUCUCUAAUUCAAUUCAAGAUAAAGAUGAUGCUUCUUUGGGACCAUUCAAUAUUUAUGAAACAUUGGAAAGGAUGGAUAGAGAAAAUGUUAAUGUUGUGAAAUUUCCUUUAAAAAGAAACUUUAGUAACAGUGGGUGUGGUAAAAAAACUCUAGAUGUUACCCCUCCUCGUGUAAAUCUUAAGAUUGCUAUUGCAUUAUCUUUGGAAUUUUCUUCUCUUCCAGUUGAAUUCGCUACGCUGGUUGUUCAAUCAGCUGUCUUACCUCCGGAUGCGAUCAAAUCGAUUACAUCUCCUCCUGAUUUGGUCACUCCUAUCAUUCUUGUUCAUCAUGCAGCUCCACUGAAUUCUACAUGUUCGGCCAUGGUUAAUGAGGUUCCUGUUGUGGAGUCUCAUCCUAAUGUUACAGUUAGAUCAAGCUCCAUUCCUUUGGGCUUUUCGGGCUGUUUUGGUAGGAUUUCAGGUAUUGAUAUUGAUGAGGAUGAUCUUUCACAUCCUCCGAGUUAUUCUAUUCCAUGCAACUCUUUUGGAGAUGGAAACAAAUCUUUGUUGGAGGGCUCGUUUAACAAUCAUAAGUUUUUUAUUGAAUUAAAUAAAAAACUGGAGAUGGGUGAAGCGAUUGGGUACAAUGUGGAGGGAUGUUUUAAAUGGUUGAAACAAGUUGUUGAAGGCCACGGUUUGAAUCAUAAUUUACUAUAA